AUGCUCAGGAGACAGCCUUCGCCCUCCCGUGUCCCCACGAUUCAUCUUCCCUUCCACCAUCGGUGCGGUGCCUGUGGAAGGUCGUUCGCGUCUGAUGGGAGCAUGACCGCUGUGGCCAGACGUGACAAUGCUUUCACAAAAUAUCAAAUAUUGGGAAUCUUUGCCCCAUUUUACCUGCCAAAUGGCGCCUUAGAACUGGACAAACUCUAUUACCCCUGUGACGUCGAGGGCUGUGGACGUUGUGCUGAUGCUCCCAUGGCCAUAGCAUGCCAUCACGACUGCCUCAACCUUUUUUUCGAUGAAAUAAAGGGCCAAGACCGUUUCAUGAAGCUAUGGAUUGCAAGUACUUGGAAAGAUCCUUGUUACCGCUGCCCACCGCUGCUCUUGCCUCCAUCAGAUAACCCUGAGGCCUGCAUAGACGCGGCUGGGUUUGUGUGCAGACGCCCUUCUCUUGUAAAGCUUCCCCCAAGUGUGCAACGCAUGAUUCUUGACCUCUGCGGCGACGACGUUUUUCUUUGGCGCUACACGACCGUCUGCGAGCUUGCACGCCAGAUAAACUGGGCCCCAUCCUUUGCUGGGACCCUUCCUCUUGGUGAAAUACACGGCUGGUCUCGAACACAGGAGCCAACAGUGUUACAGAGCCUGAAUGAUGGUCAGCCAUUGGAAGCACACACCAACAGCGCACAACUACGAGCAGCAAAGAGCAGCAACGAGCAAUACAUUCUACUUGUCAUUGAUUCUCAAGGGCUCAGGGACAUCGUCCGGCUUCAUGAACUAGUUGACCGUCGCCGCUCCCGCUCAGAAAAACUGCGUUACAUCAGUGGGCCUGUUGAGAGCUUCUCCGGAUUUUCUGUUGAUUUCAUGUAUGGUCUAGCUCGUUUGGUGGUCCCGUCUGGGCGAAAGGUUCAGGUCUGGCAUUCCCAAGUUCCUCCAAAUAACGAAAUGAUGAUUGAUUCCGUUGGACCACCACCGGACCUCGCACCGCGCACAAGCCUCUUCUCAGCAAGCCGCUUCAUAUCAAUAGACUUGAGCAAAUGUGAGGGGCUUACGGUUUUCAGUUCCCCUCAUGGUGUGGUUGCCAUAUACGCGCACACAACUGAAAAAUCCUUUGCUCUGAAGGCCUACGAGGAAAUAUUUCCUCUCCAGCUCAGGCAUUCGGCCAUUUGGUCUUAUGUUCCUCUCAGACCGACUGACGAGGUCCUUUCGCUAGGCCUUCGGUUUCAAUGCAGCCAGGGAAGGCGCUGGCUUCCUAGCCUUAUCAUCCGUCUGAAAUCGGGGCAACAUACCAUCGGGCCAUGGUAUAACCCAGAAGAUGGACCAGCGGAAGAUUACACGUUCCCAGUCAGAGGGAGGCCUACUCUUGUCUACGAAGCACCAACGCACUAUUCGAUUCCUAGUCUUACCGUGUGGCCUCAGACAGCAUUCUGCAAAGAAGAAGUUCAGACGCUCGAAGCAAGGCUGCCUCCGCUCCGGGAUCCCCAUUUUUCCAUGGCUCCUCUGGAAAACAUUCACACAGUCAAGGUGUAUUCCGAUGGAGCCCCCGGGUUCUGCAGAGGGAUGAUCAUCACAUACUAUGACUCGACGAUCAGAGUUGUGGGUGAAUGUCGUUGGGCUCUGAAAGAAGUGAUGUUGUAUAAGAACCCAUCAAAGCUAUUUUACUAUCAGAGAGAAUAUAGUGGCCAUCGCGCAUCGUCGGAUGCUCCACGGAUGGAAGCGGCGGACGUGGUUUUUGACGCUGAUGAGAUCGUUGCACCCGCUUCUUGCCACGGGGAGGGUUGGCGUUCUUGUGAGCUGAGCGGGAAUCUUCACUUUUGGUUCAACGCCCGUGAGUCUCAUUUGACCGUCCAUCAAGCGUGA